GUUCUUCUCUUUGGUUCCUCACUCCUCUUCUGCUUUUUUCUCUCUUUGUUUCUCUUCGUUCCUCGGAAACCUCGUUCUUUUGCUUUUGACACAUUCAUCAGCUAUGUCUUCUCUUCAGCCUACCACCUCCUCUUUCUCAAAUAAAACCUCAAAGAGCUCCAGAAGUUCUCAGGAUCUAUCUAAUCUAUCGCCCGAGUUCUUGCCCAUCGUCACUUUGCUCUCUGCUCAGACUCACAGAAGGUACCAUGAGGGCAUUUUCAAUUUGCUCAACGACUUGAACAGCGAUGGCAAACCUGCUGACAGGAAAUGGCAAGAGGUUUAUGGAAUACUCACUGGAACUCAAUUGGCCUACUGGAAUGCUGAAUUGCUAUCCAACAACAGAGGUGAUCCAGAGCAAUUCUUAAAGGCUUCUUCAAAACCAAAAUAUAUCAACAUUUCUGACGCAAACUAUAAAGCAUUGGCUUCCCUCCCAACUUCUUCCACUCCCUCCUCUCCAUCUUCUUCCCUAAACAAUGUGAUACUAAUUUCAACGACUUUGAAAAACAGAUUCAUUUUGCAGUUUCAAAAUCCUGACAAAUUCAUCAAAUGGCAUGCCUCUUUUAGAUUAUCAACUUUUGAAUACACUUCCCUACAAAAGGCUUACACUGCUGCCUUACUAUCAGCAAGAGGCACGCGAUUAUCUGACAUCAAAGUCAUACUAUCCGAAACAAAAUUCAACUGCGAAGAAUGGACAAUGGUGCGAUUUGGUUCUGGUUCUGCUUGGAAAAGAUGCUACGUUGUGAUUGAACAACCAACGAAAAAACAAAGAAAAUCAAAAAAACACAAUAAUGGCAUUAUGUAUUUCUACGAAAACGAUAAAAAAGUGAAAAAAAGUGCUGCUAUUGCUUCAAUUGUCUCAUGCAAAAGUUGCUAUGCUGUCUAUCCUCAAUCCACUAUAUUUAUCGAUCAAAGCACUCAAAUAAAAAUGGAGGUUGAAAUGGUUUUCCAUACAGAUUUCCAGAAACUGAGUGGUUUCAAAAAAUCCAAACACCCAAUAGACACAACCGUCUUCCUAAUGCCGGAAUCUCAUUCUUCUGUUCCAGGCUAUGAUACACUAAUUCGUUUCUUAAUCCCAACAUUUGAUGCCUUCAAUCUCUAUGGCAGACCAAGCAAAUUAAUCGCUGAAAAAUCAAGCAUCUAUUCUCUUUUAUUUGCUCUACCAGUACUACCUCAUGUUUACUACUUGCCUUUGGAAGAUGUUAUCAACUUGACCUCUUCUUCCGCAUCUAUUGCCUGGUCUCCUGAGGAGUGGGAAGUUCGAAUCAAAGAAGUACUAAAGGGCAAAACAUUUGAAGGCUAUGAAGGUUACAGCUUACCCCAAACUGUUCCCGAUUCUCCUCUGGUUACUGAUGGACAAUCUGUUCAUUCAAUUCAUUCUGUUGUUUCAAUAUCAAGGUCCCCCAAUUUAUCUCAAAAUGAACUUCUAGGUUCUUACACUAAAAACAUGGUUGAUAAAAACCAACAAAGUUUGACCUCUGUUAUGAAUAGUGAACUGAAUGCUUCUUUAUCCCACUCUUCUAGCUAUAACCAAAUUCAUCAAACUUUGGCCUAUCAACAACGUCAAAGAUCUCCCGAACGUCAACGAUCUCCUGAACGUCAAGGUUCUCAAUCUCCCAGUCAUAAUCAUAAUCAUAUCGCAUUACAAUACUCAGGCCAAAGCAGCAAUGUCAAUAAUAAUGAUCAAAGCCACGGGCUAAAUCAACAGCAAUAUACAGGUUCUUCAAGUAGCUUUCAAACCUCUAGAGGAUCUGAUAACUUUUCUCAAAACAAUUCAAACCAGUAUCUUCAAAAUCCAAGGAUUGUGCUUCCUGGUCAAAACAACCCACCUUACCAACAAAUUCAAACUCAUUCCCAACCUGCAGCUCAGCCUCAACAGCAAUUCCAACCGCAGCAACAAGCCCCAGCCCAAGACUUUAGAAACAAUCAAUAUGGCAAUUAUCAACAAACUCUGGGUGCACCUGGAAUGUAUCUACAAGGCCAACAACAGAUUAAUCAGCUUCCUCUGCAGUCCACACGAGGCCAAUAUACAUCUCAACCACAUGCCAACUAUCCACAGCAGCCUCUGAACUAUCCUCAAAAACCCCCAUCAUCCUACAACCAAGGUCUCCAACCCAAUUAUCCACAACAAUCUCAACCUACCCAAAACUACCAAAACUACCAAAACCCCCAACCCAAAUCUCAACAACUAUAUCCUCAACCCCAACCAAAUCCCCAAGCCAAUCCCCAAGCCAAUCCCCAAAUUAAUCCACUAAUUUAUCAAGAAAACACUCAACCCCUUCACUUACACAAGCAAAAUCCUAUUAGCCAAAAUGUUCCACCUCAAAAACAUUUGACCAGAAAAACCCCUGCAGGUUUUGAACCAAACUCCCCCGGCACUAUGCCUUUGAAUUAUAAUGCCAAUAAGUCCAAUCCUAACAUAAAUUCAAAUAUUCAAGUACCAGAAUAUAUGGCUAAUCCAAAUUCUUCGGGUGCUGCUGAUAACAAUGGCUACCCACCCACCCACCCCUUACCCCAAAUACCACAACCACAAGUUGGUCAAACCAACGCUCCCUCCAAGCCAAAGAAACUACCACCCUAUCCCGUCGAGGACCUUCCCUUUGCUUCAGAGCCUAUGCAGUAUAAUGACCCAAACCAAAGCUACGGCAACCAAAGCUACGAUCCCAAUUACGCUGAAAACUACAACCAGGCCCCAUCCAACCUACACAAUUACCAGCCUAACCCAGUGGACCACCUAGCCCACUCGUUGAGCAACACUCACCUUGUUCAGAAGAACUACCCUGGCCAGGGAAAUGGCACCGCUCCCUACCAGAACUACAGCCACUACUGAGUGGGUCUGGUUCUUUGUACAUUAGCUUCUCUUCUCU